AAAGAAACGAAACCCUUAGCAUUCGAAACAUUUAAAUCCGCUAGAUCUAAAUACCAAUACUAAAAAUAUACAAAAUUCUGAUCUACAUAAUUUGGCUACUUCAGAUUUCUCUGAUCAGCCAAGACAUGUCUGGUAUGCCAAAUUUCACUUUGUAUCUGUACUAUGAAGCUAACCAUCAAUUAGUAUCAUGCAGCUGCAUGCCAAAACCAUUACACACUCGCCUCUAACGAUAUAGCUUGUCUAAGUAAAAUCAUAAACAGUGUCAUAAAAGCGAAACGGACUAUUAAAAAUGUUAAGUCGUGUGAGGGAAUCCAUAUUCAUAUUACCACAUCAAAUUUUAGCUAUGGAGUUACCAUUUACAUUUUUUUUUUAGUUGAGAGUAGGACGUAUUUUUAAUUUUGUACGUUUAGUUGGUCCUAGAAAAGUGUAGUAGAAUUUAAAACGUAAGUAUUAAUAACAAAAUGAUUUUAUAUCAUUGGAUUUUUUGUGGAAUUGACAAACAAUUUACAGCAUUUUUUAUUCAUACAAAUCUGAUGACUGAUCCCUUGCUUCUCUACAAACGCAAAUUGAUGAAUGAAUUUUAACGUUAGCAUUGUCGAAUUCAUGAGGCUGAGAUGAAGCCCUGGUGGUUGUGUUUCUACGACAUGGAUUCUAUUGAAAGUACUAUUGGUACCAGUACUGGAAGGUUCUUUACAGCCCUGAAUUACUGCACGUUUCCAGAAGAUUCUUUGAAGAAUUCGUCACUCAGUAUACACCAUGUGGAUAAAAGUUAGUGAACACCCCAACAUAAGAUUGCUAUGUGCUUCUGUUUGCACAUCCUAUUCCCCAUUGGCUGUUAUAGCUGUUAUAAGAGCCACUCUUCUGGGGGGAAGAUGCACUAGAUUUUGUGGAGAUUUGUGAGAUUCAUUCAGCCAUAAGGGUGUUAGUAAAGUGAUGUAGUUGAGGUCAAGAUCUCAAGUCAAUACCGUUUGAGAUCUAUAGCAGAAGAUCUUCCACUCAAACCCAUGUGAAGCAUAUCUUCAUGGAGCUGGUUUUGUAUUUAAAAAAAACCAUGCUGGAACAGUCUCCUAAUGGGGAAAUUUUAUGGUAAUGCAUCCAAACACAUCAUAUCGAUUGUGUGCCACCAAAGGUUGUGCUCAGUGUUUGAGGAGGAACCACUUUUGGCAGGAGAAGUCAGGUGUCCCAAUACUUUUGGGCACACCAUUUAUAAAUUGAGCUUUUAGGCAAAAACUAAUGCUGCAACAUUUUUCCUCAUGUCUUGGUUGCUCUUCUGUGUGAAUUUGGGUUUCCUCCCCAGAACCUGGAGGCUCUGGUGUUAAUAAGGUAAUCAGACAUCCAGGUAGAUGGCUACCUUGCUCAAUGAGUUGAAAUGUUGUGUGAUUACACCCACAGGCAGGCAGCAGAUGUUGUUCCUCCGUGUUCCCUCUCAUGGACUUCUGGUUUUCUUCUUUUUCAUCCCCCCCUCCUCUUGAAACCAGCCCCCUUUUCUGGGUCUCGUCCUAUAUGAAAAGCUUCACAAAAUCUUCACCCUGCACCUUUUUUUCCCUUACCGACAGUUCGGCGGGUCCGGAGACAGAUCACAUCGGCGUACUUCGAUCGGGAAUCGGUUGUUUUCACUCAGAUCUUCUCUCGCAGUUCACGUCCGAGCGGAUGGUUGUGAGGUUUUUGUUUUGUUUUUUACGUCAGAGAUUCUCCACAAGUGGUGCUAGCAGGGAAGCUAUCUACUGGGCGAGCCGUAACGUCGCGCGCCACGCACAGAGAGUGAGAGAGAGCGCGCGCGAGAGAGAGAGAGCGCGCGAGAUGUCUCGCGAGCUGUCCCGUGUGAGGAAUUCAAAAAUUUAAAAAGAAAGAAAAAAAAAAUACCACAAUUAAAACCCCGGAUUGUUAACGGAAUCUAACGGAAACCGAGCGGACGUCGGGGGGCAGAGGGAAACCCAGGAUGAGUCGCCCGCGCUGACGGAUAUCGUGACGAUAAAAAAUAGUGAUAAUAAAAAAAUUAACAUAAAUAAAAAACUUUGACGAUUUUCUGAAGAGUGGAAACUUCCUCGUGGGAAUCAAUGCGGUUUCAGUCGAAAGGACGUGCGGUCCGAAACUCACCUAAACGUUGAUACGUCUUGGGAGUGAUGCACUGGCUUCCCCUGGUUGCCAUGGUGAUUGCCUCGGCCCUGUUCUUCCCUCAUUGUCCCAGUGUGCCCAGGCUUGUUGCUGCGACAAUGGAGCCUGGGAACAACUUCAACAGCACCAGAUCACUGGUCAAUCCAAUCUCCAGAUCCGAAGAUACCCAUGCGGAAUACGUGUCGAGUCAUAAAAAAUCAGCGGAAAAAUUACCUCACAGGACGGCAGAUACCCACCUUCGGAUGGAUCUGACGGUUAAGGACACAUCAUUUGUGAACGAGGACAUUUUGCCUGGAAGGAAUCAAUACAAAAAGGGAAAGCCAGGCAGGUUGGACCUCAGUUUGGAAUCUUCAAGAAAACUUCAAGAACACCAAACUUCCAAGGAGAACCACCUACAUAGGGACUAUAGAUCAACAGAUGGUCAGUUUCAGGGGGAUAGCAAGCUAGAAACUCAUAUUGAAGGAGAUGGGUCUAAUGAUAGAAAAAAUGAGGAGGUGUCAUUUGGAAGACUGACUUUUAAAGAUUGGCCAAGGCACCUGCAUCCUGCAGACAUGCCUACACACAAGGAGGAUCUGAGGGAGGUGGGUAGAGAGGGAAUGAGGGCAAAUUCAAUGCCUGCAAUGCCCCCCGAGGGCUUGGGAUUGGGCCUAGAUGGACUCCUGCAGGUGGAUGAUGAACUAUUGCUGCUGGAAACAAACCCUCGAGUGCUGUUCUCCACCUCCCCUUCACCUCCCAAACAUCCUCCAAUGCAGGUAAUGCUGGAAUUGGGGCUCAUGCCUGAGCAACAGGAAGAACCUGAAAUGGAUGACAAGGAAUUUAGGAUGGAAAAAAAUGAAGAUGGAGAAUCCCCUAGGAAUCUCCCGACGGAUUUAUCAGACUCCUCAGAGCAUGCGGCACCGUCGCUGCGACGUAGAAAACGCCAACUCUCACACACGGGAAUCGAGCGAUCGGUUUGUGAGUCUACAAGCAGCUGGGUGAUGGACAGGCGAACUGCGAUUGAUGUGCACAUGCAAAAUGUCACUGUGCUGGAGAAAUUUCCCACCAAGAAAGGCAUGAUGACGCAGUACUUCUACGAGACACGGUGCCGCGGGCCUGAUCACCGCGGCGUGCCAGCCGGAGAGCACGGACUAGCCGGCGCUGGCUGCCUUGGUGUGGAUAAACGCCACUGGGUGAGUGAGUGUCAGACCAAGCAGUCGUACGUGAGAGCAUUCACGUCGGACAAUACAAGGGGGACAGGAUGGAGGUGGAUCCGCAUUGAUACAUCAUGUGUCUGUGUGUUGUUCUCAAGGACACAAAAGAACCGAACUUUAACCACACGUCAGGGUACAACAACAUAAAAGCCGAUAUUUAAGAGACAUUUGGUAGAUAUUUGGGUUUAUUCUCAGUACACAAUGACAUGUUACUGUGUGUGGUGCAGAUACAUGCGGAUAAGCUGUUUGGGGUUUAAACACCUGAUUAGUCUCACAGGGUUUCUGCAGGUUCACUAUGUCAAAUUGAAAACUUUUUGAGACCAUUAAGAAUUAAAGAUAAGACGCAUAUCACUACAUCAAAAUACACAAAUUUGUUUUAAACCAAGCCCCGAAUAAUUUUUUUUUACAGCUAAUUAUCGGCUUCCCCAUAGCUGAAAAAUAAAAUCCGUUUUACAUCUGCGGUACAAUUCAAUAGAGAUUCGCACCAGUAACAGAAAGCUGAUUGGCCAUUGCAUGUGGGUCUCACAAACCCAUCAGCAGCAUUUCAAUGAGCAUUUGAAGUAGCGUUACAUGGACAUCAGAUAAUUAUAAUAAGAUUCUGCAGAAACCUUGUCACCAUAGUCUCUGGUGGGAUGAAAAAGUCCAAACAUCUCCAACUACUGUUUUACUAAACUUUAACUGAUAAUGAUGGAGGACUUUAACAGUUAGGCUUUAGUCUACUGCUACUACACCUACAUGGUGACCGACAAAUAAGGUGUCAAAUUAAAUGACUCUCACACACACUUCUAUGCCAUUGUAUAUGAUUAGCAAUAGGCUGACCUCCAAAGUGCAGCUUUGUGGUGUAUACACACUGGCAGCCAUUUUGCACUGCUGCUGAAAUUGCUCUGUGCAGGUCUUUAGAUUGUCCUUUACCCUGGUCUCCCCCAAGGUACAGUAAUAUCAACACAUGCUAACAACAGGAUUAGCUGAUCAUGAAUGAACCAAAAACAUGGAUAAUUUUGCACGGAAUAAACAAAGAACAACACCAUCCCUCACUGGCAAAAGCUUUCCCAUUUGCAUGAUCACAGUUGCUCCUGUCUCCUAACCACUUUGCUGCCAGUGUGAUUGCAGGGUAAAUCAUGGCCAGUUAGCGUAUAUAUGAACAGUAUGGUCCAUGAAUGAGUUCACUACCAAGAGCUCCACCCCUUUUUUAUGCAUUUGCAGCUAUACAAGUCUCAGAUAUUUUGCCAUUUGUCAGAUAGUGGUGUGACGUGACCAAGAAACAGGGAACGUGUUCAGCUCUGAUUUUACGAUCGUGCCACAUGGUAACGUCAACAAGUAGCAUGAGCUUCCUGUGGGUCAUAUCUCUAUAAAAUAAUAAUGCAUUGUUCAAAUAUUCCUAUAAAAAUGAUGCACUCAGUGACAUUCUCAAGUUCAUGCAUAGACUUGGAAAUGAUGGUGCAUUCCAUCAAGCUUAUUUUGUGAAUUUCAAUUACACAAAAAAAAACCUAACAAAAACCGGAGUACAUGUCGAAGAAAUGCUUGACUAGAACAUAAUAAGAAGGUCAUGAUUUCAAACCCCAGCACCACCAAGCUGGCCCUUGUGCAAGGUUCUUAACCCUUAACUGCUCAGUUGUAGAAAUGAGAUAAUCGUAAGUCGCUCUGGAUAACUCAUCUGCCAAAUGCGCGAAAUGUAAAUGCCUGUAGGUUUAGAGCUCUAUAGCAGAAGAUCUUCCACUCCAACCCAUGUAAAUCAUAUCUUCAAGGAGCUGGAUUUGGGGCAGGCAUAUUGUCAUGCUGGAACAGAUUUGGGUCUAUUAGUGUCCAGGUGAAGGGAAGAUUUCAUGCCACAUCCAAAGACAUCCCACACAAUUGUGUGCUUCCAACAUCAGGUUAAUAAAGUCCAGUGUCAGUAAAGUGUAAUAAACUUUGUUUUAUUAAAACAACAAAUGAAGGUUUUUUGAUUACAUUAAAUAAACCAAAACUGGAUGUGACGAUGACCCUGACCAUCUGCGAUGUUACUUAACAAUAAGUGGCUAUUUAUUUAUUUAUUUAUAUAAAACAGACAAAUUUAGUUUUGGCUCGUAAGAAUUUACAGGUCAGAGGUCACCUGGAUAAAAUCGGCCUGUAGUGAAGGUUCUCAGUAAAAGAAACAGAUUUUCCUGCAUAUAUCUAUGCCACUGGUUAUUCACAUUAAUUGGCCAGUGCCAUUGUCCAAAUCGCAUUUAUACUGAGUAGGUGAGGGUUAAGGGCCUUGCUCAGGGGCCCAUCAGGGACAGCUUUGUAGUGCUGGGAUUUGAACUUUUUCAAGUAGAUAUCCUGCAUCUUAACCACCAAGCUACCACUUCCAGUUGCUGGGGUUUUCCUGGACGCGCUAAUGAAGUAUGGAUAUCUGCACAAGUUAGUUACAACCACUUACCACAGAUAUUGUACUACAUAUACAAAACCACCAAUUCAGCAUAAAAUUGACAAGCCUUCCACUGCACAUUUUAGGAGCCUAAAGUUUUCGCUGCAUCGAAAGGGAACAUGGAAAUCUCCGGCCCAUUACGCCUAUCAGUGUUUGGAAAUUUGCAAUGCAUCUCAGGCUGCGUCUACACUGCUCCGGAUGAAUUUAAAAAUGGCGUCUAAAAACUCUCCACGUCCACACUUUAGUUUGGAAUCGUUUCUCAAAAGUUGCUCCUCCACACUGAAACCUCUGCAAACGCUUUCAUCCCUGAGCAAAACUAAAACGCUUUAAACUGCAUCGUUUCCUCUUUGUGACUAAAAACGCGUCAUCGUUUUCGAAAGUCCACAAUUUGACACAAACAUUUCAAAUUGUAUUCACUUUGGAGAGCAUUUUCGCGUUUUCACAUUUUCAAAAAGCAACUUUUUCAUUGACUGAAAAUCCCGUCUCCAAGGCCGAAACGGAGAGAAAAAUAUGCGUUUUCAAACAAAAACGUAUUCAUGUGGCCAUGGCCUCGUUUGCUUGAGGUUUAAAUGUGGUAUCGCAAUUUUUUUGGGGGACUCGUAACGUGACAGAAUCGUAACAGCCAUGACUACAGUGUAGAAACCACCAGAUUCGUUCUGUUUUUUUUGUUUUUUUUUUCUUUCUAAUUGCUGUGAAAUGUAACUAUGUUGACUACAAUCUGUGUCAGAUUACAAACUCUAUGUUCUUGGUGGUGAAGUCAGACAUCUGGACCUGGCUGUAGCUUUCUCUAUCACUCACUCACUCCAAGAGAAAGGAAAAAGAAGAGCGAGAUCUCUUUUGUCUACAGAAGCCGUCACUCACAAACCACAAUAAAACACAACAACCUCAGUUUCUUACGUUUUUUUCCUUCGAACGUCACGUACCUGUUGCAAUACCGUUUUCAAGAAUGCUGUUAUUUUUAUCUAUAUAUUUGUUAUUCUGUAUCUAUUAUAUACAUGCUGUAAGUUAUUACUUUUUAUUAGUAUAAAAGCAUGAGUACCUGUGAUAUUAAUAUAUUUUCCUUUGUAAAUGUCCUGUACGGGAAACACGUGCAUUUAUGUAAGUAUGAAACUAUGUAUAUAUUUAUAGGAUUACAAAACACUCGAACGUGGCCUCCGAGAGGCGCCGACUCACGUCUGGUGGUCAGGAGUGUGUGUGUGUGUGUGUGUGUGUGUGUGUGUGUAAGAAUGUCAUGUAGUGCCUGCAAACUUUCUAAAAAAAAAAAAAAAUGAAUAAAAUAAAAUAUUUGUUUACUGAGAUUUUUAGAGUUCUGUUCGACGUGGAUUUUUUUCAUUUCGACAGGAAAAAAAGAUCAUGUAAUUAAAAUUCUAUAUAAAGGCAUUAAUA